GGUGGAGAGAGAGAUGGCCUGGCUGUUUUCAGGGAAGAAACAUGGAGAAAGCAUCAGCAAGGGGUCAGAGCUUCAAGAGACGAGCAUGAUGCAGAAACGCUGCUGAAGGCCCUGUGGCGGACCGUGAACAUGGUGGCUUCUGUCUUGGCCUUGCUGUUCCUCCUGAUGUUCAUCUUUGCCAUUUUGGACCACAGUUUGUUUGGGAACCAGGACAAGGGAGACACACAAAACUGGGGGAAUCUGGCAAGUGCUUUCUUCAAGCUCUUCAGUUUAGCCACGGUGGAUGGCUGGACCUUUCUGCAGAAUGAACUGAAUGUGUGCAAAUUCAGCAUAAGUGGAGCAUUCACCAUCACCUUCAUUCUGCUGGCCUUCUUCCUGUUCCUGAGUAUGUUCUUUGGCAUGAUGAUCAUCCACACGAGGACUUAAGCAAGAGAUUUGAGAGACAGCUGAAGAUGGAGAGGCACGCUGCCCUUCUGGAAGAGAAGCAGUUGAUCCUGUUGAAGCAGCAGGAAGAAGUCAGCAACUUGAUGCAAGGACAGAAAAAGUGCGAAUACAAGACUUUCAGUGAACUGGUGGAUAACUUCAAGAUGACCCUUCAUCAUUUGGACCCAAUAAUUCUAGAUGAAUUUUGUACUAUUCUGCCUUUUAUUGAUAUCUACCUGACAUCCCUGGAUAACCAGGAACUAAGAUGAAAUUUCAUAGCUGGGUGAGGGGAAGCAGCAAAGGGAGAGAGAAAGGCUCACUGGAGAGAUUUGGGUUCCUCCCAGAACCCACCUGUUGAAAGUACUGCUGCUUCCCCUCUCCCAGCUAUGAAAUGUCAUCUUAGUUCCUCCCAACACUGGCAUUGGGUGGAGGAGAACUAAAUGUUUUUUGGAAGGCCCACUGGACAGUCUGGUAUUGCCUUUGAAAUUUUUUCUUUUAUGACAUUUGUCAUAUGCUUACUACGUGCCAGGCACCAAACUAAGAACCGGGGUAGAUACAAGCUAAUC